AAUUUUGCUUUACAUCAUCCUGUGACCUACAAAGUCCAAUUUCAGCCCAACACGAGUCCUUAAAAAAACUUCCACCAAGGUUUGCCUCCGUUUUCUUCUCUCUCGGAUCGACGGAAUCAAUAAUUUGAACAGCUCAAGGAUAGAAGAUGAGUACAUUAGAUGCAACUAGGGCUGAGCUUGCUCUUGUAGUUCUAUAUCUAAACAAAGCUGAAGCCAGGGAUAAGAUUUGCAGGGCUAUUCAGUAUGGUUCCAAAUUCUUGAGCAAUGGUGAGCCUGGCACUGCACAAGAUGUUGACAAAUCAACAAGUUUGGCUAGAAAAGUUUUUCGACUUUUCAAGUUUGUGAAUGAUUUGCACACCCUGAUAAGUCCAGCUCCUCAGGGAACUCCUCUUCCUCUCAUUUUACUGGGAAAGUCCAAGAAUGCUCUGCUAUCGACUUUUCUGUUCCUAGAUCAAAUUGUGUGGGCUGGCAGAUCUGGCAUAUACAAGGUCCAAAUUGUUAACAAAGAACGUGCAGAGCUAAUCGGCAGGAUAUCCCUUUUCUGUUGGAUGGGCUCCUCUGCUUGCACCAGUGUAAUUGAGGUUGCUGAAAUUGCAAGAUUAAAUGCAUCAAUAAAGAAGUUACAGAAGGAGCUGAAGCAAGCAGAUAAGCAUAAAGAUGAGCUGUACCUCAGCAAGCUUCAAAAAUCCAAUGAAAGGCUUCUAUCUUUGAUCAAGUCAUCUCUGGAUAUAGUGGUUGCAGCUGGGCUUCUUCGCUUGUCACCAAACAAAAUCACUCCUCGUGUCACAGGAGGGCUUGGUUUCAUAACUUCACUUAUAUCUUGCUAUCAGUUACUUCCUGCGGCACCCAAGGCGAAGACCUCUUGAAGAUUGGACCCUUCCCUGAUAAAAAGUUUAAGCUAGUGUUAUGAAUAAUAUUUCAGAUUUGUUGGGGAUGGUGGCGUAUGAGAUAAACUCUUGUUGUUCCACUUACAUCUCUGAUACUAUACAUAGAUAUCUCUGUUAUGUUAUUGGUGUAGCAAACAUUUGAAAGUUGCAAUACUGAUGUGCUAGUAGUUAAGCACUAAUCAUUUCGUAGCAGUUUCUUUUCCCCGAAAUUGAGGUGAAGACAACACAGCUUUUACCUUUUUUUAAUGACUUUAUAUAAACUGGAAUUGUUGCUACU